GUGAACAGCUGUUAACCAUAUUGCUUUUUUUUUGGAAACUUGUAUAUUUGGGUUUUUUCGUCCCCACAAUGCUGAUACAUUUUAAGUAAAUUAAAGUUUAUAAGUAAGAUAUUAUCGAUUAAGCUUUUAUAAAACUGACGCACACAAUGAAUGAAACGAACGAAACAGGCAUGGAGCCCAACUACAUAUUUGACGAUGUACCUCAAGUCUCACCGCUGAUUACCGUUAGUUGCUGCCUGGCUAUGUCCAUUCUCUAUUUGUCCAGCUUAUACAUUUGGAACAACAAGCAUAACAGAGAUCACCCGGCGACAGUAAAGCGAAGGUUCCUCAGCGUUACGGUUGUUAUGCUGAUAACCCCAGUAUUUGUGUAUACAUUUUCAUCACAAGAGCUCUUAGAUAAGGUACCUUUCUGUAAUCUGUUAGGACUCCGGUGGCAAGGGCUCCUUUUGGCCAUUGUAAUUCCAUAUCUUCUGACAGUGUUAUUAUUUCUGGGCCCAUUAUGUGUAGAACUGCAGAAUGACUCCAUAAAGUUGUUUAUGGAUAUCGAUUUUUGGAAAAGUUCAUUUAGAAAUAUAUUGUGGAUACGCAACCACAUAAUGGCACCACUAAGUGAAGAAUUCGUAUUUCGUGCUUGUAUGAUGCCCUUGAUACUUCAGAGUUUUCGCCCUAUAACAGCUGUGUUCAUUACUCCAUUGUUUUUUGGAGUAGCUCAUGUGCAUCAUAUUGUGGAGAGACUGAGUAUGGGGAUGGAAUUCAAAACAGCUCUUUUAAUAUCAAUAUCGCAAAUGACAUUUACAACACUAUUUGGCUUCUAUUCUGCCUACCUUUUUGCACGCACAGGCCAUUUUGUGGCCCCAGUUUUGGUACAUGCAUUCUGCAAUCUCAUGGGACUGCCAGAUGUUCAAGAGUUGUGGCAACAACAAUUGUGGAAGCGUAUACUCCUAAUAAUAUGUUACAUCUUAGGUUUUGUGGCUUGGGUAUUUGUGCUGCCCCUCGCAACCCAGCCUUCUUUAUAUCAGAAUAAUAUAUUUUGGCCUUAUUAGGCUAUGCGCGCGGACUCACGUCAUGGUUUUCAUUACCAUUUAGGCAUAAGUUCAAAAUGUAACUUAGUUUCCUAUAAUUAUUCGUUUAUUUGUAAAAAUAAUAGUCUCACAAGUUUGUAUGAAAAUA